AAUAUAAGGUCAAAAUCCUCUUGGCAGAAAACAAAGAAAGGAACAAACGAGGAGGAUGACCGAAGCUUGGAUCCGCUCACUCGUGGAAGCCAUCCACUCGAGCUCCACUCAGACCGUUAUCUAUUUAGCUGGCGGAGCUUCUCAGGCAAUUGCAUGGCUGAUGUCUACACCUGGAGCUUCCAAUACGAUCCUCGAAGUUCUUGUUCCUUAUUCCAGGACCUCCAUGGUUCAAUUGCUCGGCAAGGUUCCUGCACAAUUUACCAGCCAACAAACUGUUGAAGAAUUGGCAUUGUUGGCGUAUAAUCGCGCGUUGAAGCUUUCAAAACCAGGUUUUCCUGUAUUAGGUGUGGGCUUUACUGGAUCCUUGGUCAGCAUACAUCCAAAACAUGGCAACCAUAGGUUUUACUUGUCGACGCGGACAUGUGAUCGCCUUCGGACCUCAAAUAUAACUUUGGUUAAGGGAAUGCGGACUCGUGAGGAAGAAGAUAAACUUGCUAGUCAUUUCAUGCUCAAGGCAAUUGCAGAUGCUUGCAAAGUUUCUGCUAGCUUUACUUCAGAUUUACAUGAAUCUGAGGUUCUCAAUGAAUAUGAACAGUCAUUUGAUGAGGAUCAAGAGCUACAACAAAUUAUUGAUGGAAACAUAUGCAUGAAAAUUUAUCACUUUCUUCAAGAUGCUCACAUUGCAGAUACGGAAAGGAAGGUCAUAUUGUCAGGUUCAUUCAAUCCACUGCAUGAUGGACAUGUCAGACUUUUGGAGAUUGCUUCAAGUAUUUGCGGGGAUGGGCUUCCAUGCUUUGAAAUUUCAGCAAUCAAUGCCGACAAACCUCCUCUAGAAGUGUCUGAGAUUAAAAAACGUGUUGAACAAUUCAGGAAGGCUGGGAAGACAGUGAUUAUUUCAAACCAGCCGUAUUUUCAUAAGAAAGCAGAACUCUUUCCUGGAAGUGCAUUUGUAAUUGGUGCAGAUACUGCUGCAAGGAUUGUCAAUCCUAAGUAUUAUGGUGGAGACAAGAGAAAUAUGCUGGAUAUAUUGAUUGGAUGCAAAAUGUCAGGGUGCAUGUUCCUUGUGGGUGGUAGAAAGGUUGACGGAAAUUUCAAGGUUCUUGAAGACCUUGAUAUACCUGAAGAGCUGAAGGACAUGUUUGUCUCGAUACCAGAGGAAAAGUUUCGCAUGGAUAUAUCAUCGACAGAGAUAAGGAGAAAUAUGGGAGUAUGAUGUCAGGUUAUAGUGCAUGUUCUUUUCAAGUAAUUUUGUGUAUGUGAAGUAAAGAUCUUUCAAAUUUCUUAUAUUAUCUAAAAUAGAGAACUGAUUUACAGACUGGUUUUCAACUAGUAAUGGAAUUGUCAUUGAAUUGUAUCAUAGAUUCAUAAUGUCUCACCAAUCAAAAAAGAUGUGGACAAGUUUAUCAUAAAACUGUUCUUUUUCCCAAUAAA